CUCGGUUUUUAUAUUCCAAGGAAUCUAACGGCUCCACCGUUUGUCUUCCCCCAAAUUCCAGUUCCUCUCUCGCCGCCGUCUCGCGAACCGGGGCAGCGCGGAGAUGUCGUACCUGCUGCCGCACCUGCACUCUGGGUGGGCGGUGGACCAGGCCAUCCUCGCCGAGGAGGAGCGCCUCGUCAUCAUCCGCUUCGGCCACGACUGGGACGAGACAUGCAUGCAGAUGGAUGAAGUGCUGGCUGCAGUUGCAGAGACUAUAAAGAACUUUGCGGUUAUCUACCUUGUUGACAUCACCGAGGUUCCUGACUUCAACACGAUGUACGAGCUGUAUGAUCCCUCGACCGUGAUGUUCUUCUUCCGGAACAAGCACAUCAUGAUUGAUCUUGGGACAGGAAACAACAACAAAAUCAACUGGGCCUUGAAGGACAAGCAGGAGUUCAUUGACAUUGUGGAGACUGUGUACAGGGGUGCCCGGAAGGGCCGUGGUCUGGUGAUUGCUCCAAAGGACUACUCCACCAAGUACCGUUACUAAAGCCAUUUGUGUUGGCUAUUGUUGUGUAAGUAAUUUCUGGCCUACCAUGUUGGCCAAGUUGCAACUCGACUUGGUGACCGACUCCAGGGUUCUGAGUGUUGGUUAACUUCCUUGACAUCUAAUAAAAUUGUAGCUGAGCUGAUUGAUGGAAUAUUGAAAUUGUCUCCUUGGAAUACGAA